UCAAAUAUUGUUAAAUCUGGACCCGUUUCUUACUCUUGUGUGAUGUGAACUAGAUGAACAUAAGGCAUAUCUCUAUGGAAUUAAGCAGUUUAGAAAAAAAUAGUUCGUGGAAAGCAUAGCCGAAUGAACAACGACUACAGUUGCUCAAAUGAAGUAACAGAGUGAUUGGUCAACAGCAGAAAAGAACUGUGCGACGGAAUGAAGUGUAGUGGGGAAAACAGAAAUCGAGGGGGCAGCACUCAGUAGCAAGCUAUUCUAUACGGUGUUCCUUUCGUCUCAGCUCUAAUAUUUCAACAAACUAAACUUUCCGUCAUACAGAAGUACCACUACAAGAAGAAACGCACAUCCAACAGUGAUAAGGGUUGUCACCCUCAGUUUGCGAUGAACGCUGAUAACAACAAUCGCAAAGAAGUGUAUUUACUGGUGACAUCGCUCUGACUGAUUUACCAACUGCUGCAGACAUUUUUCUCCACCGUCAAGUAACAUUUCUUUUUUAUUCUUCUACCGUGAAUUUGAAGACACGUCAAGAUGUAUAAGUUGUUGAGGGGGCUCAAGUCCUACCUAAGGUCGCAGGACAUUGCCAUCGACGGCGCCAUUUUCCGUAUGCACAACCUUUUUACAACGGCAAUGUUGUUGGCCUGCAGCCUUAUCAUCACGGCUAGCCAAUAUGUUGGACACCCCAUUCAAUGUAUAGUAAAUGGUGUCCCUCAACAUGUGGUUAACACGUUUUGCUGGAUCUCCUCGACCUUCACCAUGCCGGACGCUUUUAAAAGACAGGUUGGCAGAGAAGUAGCACAUCCUGGCAUAGCGAACGACUUCAACGAUGAGAGCGCUCAGAAGUAUUACACGUAUUACCAAUGGGUCUGCUUCGUUCUCUUCUUCCAGGGUUUAGCGUGUUACGCUCCGAAAGUAAUCUGGGAUGUAUUCGAAGGAGGAUUAUUGAGGACUUUGGUUAUGGGAUUCAAUGUUGGCAUAUGUACGGCGCCCGAAAAACAAUUCAAGAAGGCUGUCAUUCUCGAUUAUUUGCAGAAACACGUUAAGAGGCAUAAUCUCUACGCUAUAAGAUACUGGGCUUGCGAGUGUCUGUGCUUGAUUAAUGUUAUCGUUCAACUGUAUCUAAUGAAUAAGUUCUUUGAUGGUGAAUUUUUAUCUUAUGGAUUGCGCGUAUUGAAUUAUUCCGAAACGGCACAAGACGAUCGGGUAGAUCCUAUGGUUUAUGUAUUUCCUCGUGUAACGAAGUGCAUUUUCCACAAAUAUGGUGCGUCAGGUAGCAUCCAGAAGCACGACAGUCUUUGCAUUCUGCCUCUCAACAUCGUUAACGAGAAGACGUACAUUUUCAUCUGGUUCUGGUUUAUGAUCCUCGCAACGCUGCUCACUAUUCUUGUGGUCUAUCGUAUCAUCAUCAUCGCCAUGCCCAAAUUAAGGCCAAGAAUCAUGCAUGCAAGGCACAGGGACAUUUCUAUGGAGACCUGCCAAGCGAUUACGAAAAAAGUAGAAAUAGGAGAUUGGUGGCUUCUCCUGAUGAUGGGUUCUAAUAUGGAUCCAUUAAUCUAUAGAGAGAUUAUUAUGGAGCUGUCGAAGAACAUUGAACCUUCAAAGAGUGACAAAAAAUGAAAACAAUAAAAGCAUGCAGUUAACACUAUAGGGAGACAAAAAAACAGAUUAAGGCUAGGCUAGUUCACAUUCCGUUCCAUCCUGCUCAUACUUCCAUUAGAAUCAAACGAAUUAAAUUAAUCUGUGAUCUGUCAGGCGCAAGUUGUAUACUGCCAUUCUUAAUAUGUUAUAUCAAAAGCAAUGUUCAAAAUAUAUGCCGUAAAAGCGAACUGUUCACAUGGUUAACUACAUAUCAUG